GACGUGGAGAGGAGGAGGACGACACCCGCCGCCGCCGCCGUUGCCGCGAUCCCGCAUUUGUUAUUUUAUUUUUUUUUUUCGCAUUUUUGCUCAUUAACCGCUUACCGCACGGUCGUCGUUGUGCGUGUGUACGAUUUUUUCUCGUCAGCUCGCGCGCGCGUGCGUGUAUGUGAGUGUGUGUUUAGCUCGGUGUGCGCGCACGACAACGUUACGGUUUUCGCAAACGAGAUAUUCGCGCGACGGCGUUCAGACGUGUCGCAAUCGCAACGACGGCGAACCGGCGUUUGCGUGUUGACGACGAUUUUCCGUACACUGACAGUUGUAGACCACUCGUAUUCGCCUAGUGUAGCCGCCGAAUCGGAAAUAGUAUUUGAACGCAUUCGUUUUGUAAGACGUUCACGACCACACGCAGCACACCGGUAUCUCUACGUACCCGGCAAAACCGCGACGACUGCGACACGACCCAAAGAAAAAUUUUGCUAUCGGUUCAAAAGAUAUCACUAGCACCACUGCAGCGGAAGCAGUAGGAGCUACUGCCGCCACUGGCGGUAAGUUUGCCGACGUCGUUUGUCUGUCGUGUCGUUAACGACAAAAGCAACCACGACGGCCGCCAUUACAAUUAUCAAAACGACGGUCGCCGCUAAGACGACCGCCGCAUCCACCACCACCAUUCUAUCAAAACGUAGACGACCACGAAGUUCAUUAUUAUACUUCAAAUGAUUUUGUGACUACUUUUGAAACGGAGAAAAAAAGGCGAACGUGAUAAAAUUUAGUCGGACGAUAAACAGUCCUCAACUGCAACAAAACACUUUUUAAUCCAAAGUUAGUUGUCUAAUCACACAACUAACCCAAAACAGAUAAAAUGGCCACAAUAGACGGGCGACCUGCCCAAUAUGGGGUUACGUUGAAGCAGUUACGUGAACUCAUGGAACAUAGAGGCCGUGAAGGUAUCGCUAAACUGAACGAACUGGGUGGCGUUCAGGAUGUUUGUAAAAAGCUGUAUACAUCACCCAGUGAAGGAUUAAGUGGAUCUACUGCUGAUCUGGAACACAGAAAAGAGACGUUCUCCUCAAAUACUAUACCUCCUAAACCUCCAAAGACAUUCAUGCAACUUGUCUGGGAAGCUUUGCAGGAUGUCACUUUAAUCAUUUUAGAAAUUGCUGCUCUCGUGUCAUUGGGAUUAUCACUUUACAAACCUGCGGACGAAGAAUCAAUGAGUGCAGAAGACGAUGAAGCAAAACAUGGAUGGAUUGAAGGAUUAGCUAUAUUAAUAUCUGUUAUAGUGGUCGUUAUUGUAACAGCAUUUAAUGAUUAUACGAAAGAAAGACAGUUUCGUGGUCUUCAAAACCGCAUUGAAGGUGAGCAUAGAUUCAAUGUCAUCAGGCAGGGCGAACUGCGACAAAUUUCCGUAGGAGAAAUAGUAGUUGGUGACAUUUGUCAGAUUAAAUAUGGAGAUUUGCUACCAGCCGAUGGUGUGCUAAUUCAAAGUAAUGAUUUGAAAGUUGAUGAAUCUUCUUUAACUGGCGAGUCAGACCAUGUAAAAAAAGGAGAAGCAUUCGAUCCAAUGGUCUUAUCAGGAACUCAUGUAAUGGAAGGCAGUGGAAAAAUGUUGGUCACUGCGGUAGGUAUAAAUUCUCAAGCUGGUAUAAUAUUCACACUCUUGGGUGCAGCAGUAGAUCAACAAGAGGAAGAAAUGAAGAAACAACGAAAAGAAGCUAAAAAACUAAAGACAAAAAAGAGUUUAACUGAUGAAGUACCACCUGCUAUCAAUAAUACUGAUAUUGGUAUGAAACAAAUGGAUAAGGGAGGGGAAACAGAUGAUGAUGCUGCUGGAGGCGGAGGACAAUCUGGUGAAUCAGAAGAACCAGCAAAAAAAGACAAGUCUGUAUUGCAAGCUAAACUCACAAAAUUGGCCAUUCAAAUUGGAUAUGCUGGAUCAACAAUUGCCGUACUCACUGUGCUUAUAUUAGUAAUUCAAUUUUGUAUUCAUACAUUUGUUAUACAACAAAAACAAUGGAAGAACCAUUAUGCUGGUGAAUUUGUUCGUCACCUUAUUAUUGGUGUCACUGUCUUGGUGGUGGCAGUUCCUGAAGGACUUCCUCUCGCUGUUACUCUGUCUUUAGCAUACUCAGUCAAGAAAAUGAUGAAAGAUAACAAUUUGGUAAGACAUUUGGACGCUUGCGAAACUAUGGGUAAUGCCACUGCCAUUUGUUCUGAUAAGACCGGUACACUUACAACCAACCGAAUGACAGUUGUCCAGUCUUAUAUCUGUGAAGUUCUCAGUAAAACAAUGCCUCAAUUUGCAUCGAUACCAUCAAAUGUCGGGAAUCUGUUAGUGCAAGCAAUAUCUAUUAAUUCAGCGUAUACGUCUAAAAUUAUGCCACCUGACGAUCCCACCAGUGAACUACCUAAACAAGUUGGUAACAAAACUGAGUGUGCACUUCUAGGCUUCAUUCUUGCUCUUGGAAAAAAUUAUCAAACAUGGCGUGACGACAUACCCGAAGAAAUGCUGACACGUGUGUAUACAUUUAAUUCUGUACGAAAGUCCAUGAGUACUGUCAUUCCAAGAGAAGGUGGUGGCUACAGAUUAUUUACGAAAGGUGCAUCUGAAAUCGUACUAAAAAAAUGUUCAUAUAUCUACGGUCGAGAUGGCCGAUUGGAGAAAUUCACACGUGAAAUGCAAGAUCGUUUGGUGAGAAAUGUUAUUGAGCCCAUGGCUUCUGAUGGAUUGCGUACUAUUUCUGUUGCGUACAAAGAUUUCAUUCCCGGAAAAACCGAUUCACCUAACCAAGUGCACUAUGAAGGUGAACCCGAUUGGGAUUCUGAAGAUAGUAUAGUAUGCGACCUCACUGCACUGUGUGUAGUAGGAAUUGAAGAUCCUGUUCGACCGGAGGUGCCUGAAGCUAUUAGAAAAUGUCAGCGAGCUGGUAUUACUGUACGUAUGGUUACUGGAGACAAUGUAAACACAGCUCGAUCAAUUGCCACCAAAUGUGGUAUAUAUAAAACAGGCGAAGACUGGCUUGUAUUGGAAGGCAAAGAAUUUAAUCAACGAAUUCGUGAUGCUAAUGGCGAGGUUCAACAGCAUUUAUUGGACAAAGUGUGGCCGAAAUUGAGGGUAUUGGCUAGGUCAUCGCCAACCGAUAAAUACACGCUGGUAAAGGGUAUAAUUGACAGUAAAGUGAGUGAAAGUCGUGAGGUAGUAGCAGUAACCGGUGACGGUACCAAUGAUGGUCCUGCAUUGAAAAAAGCUGACGUUGGAUUUGCUAUGGGUAUUGCUGGAACAGAUGUAGCCAAAGAAGCUUCAGAUAUUAUAUUGACAGAUGACAACUUCAGUAGUAUUGUUAAAGCAGUGAUGUGGGGUCGUAAUGUUUACGACAGCAUUGCUAAAUUUUUACAAUUCCAGUUGACUGUGAAUGUGGUAGCCGUUAUUGUAGCGUUUAUUGGAGCAUGUGCCGUCCAAGACAGCCCGCUAAAGGCCGUUCAAAUGUUGUGGGUGAACUUGAUUAUGGACACGCUAGCCUCGUUGGCGUUGGCCACGGAGCUGCCUACGUCCGACUUGCUAUUGAGAAAACCGUACGGUCGUACGAAGCCUCUGAUAUCGCGCACCAUGAUGAAGAACAUCAUCGGCCAGGCCGUCUACCAACUGACGGUUAUUUUCUCACUGUUGUUCGCCGGUGACAAGAUGCUGGACAUACCAACCGGUCGUGGAGCCGAAUUCGGCUCAGAGCCCACACAACACUUCACUGUCAUUUUCAACACAUUCGUCAUGAUGACGCUGUUCAACGAGAUCAACGCGCGUAAGAUCCACGGCCAGCGCAACGUGUUCCAGGGAUUCUUCACCAACCCGAUAUUCUACAGCAUAUGGAUCGGCACCGUAUUGUCGCAAGUGUUCAUCAUCCAGUACGGCAAAGACGCGUUCAGCACCAAGAGUCUCACGCUGGAGCAGUGGAUGUGGUGUUUGUUGUUCGGGUUUGGCACCUUGCUGUGGGGUCAGAUAGUCACCACCGUGCCUACCCGCAAAAUCCCGAAACUUCUUUCAUGGGGACGUGGACAUCCAGAGGAGUACACCAACGCUAUAAACCUAGGUGAAGAGAACAGAUACGAUCCCGAUUCCGGGCAAAAGCCGCGGGCCGGCCAGAUCCUGUGGAUCCGCGGACUGACCAGGCUACAGACUCAGGUGAUAGGCGGUGAAUUGCAAGAACGUUUGAUUCCGGUCCCAUACAGCAAGAGCUCCACUGACCAAGCUAUACGAGUGGUUAACGCUUUCCGGCAGGGUCUGGACGCACGUUACGGCGAGUCGCUGGCCGAAGUGUUGCGUAAACAGCCGUGCUUCAGCAAGAGACUGUCCGCGGCGACGGGCGGCGGCGGUUCGUCAUCAAACACCGGCGGCGGAGGCGGCGGCACCGGCACAGGUGGAUCCAUCGAAUACGCCGAUAGCGACAACGCCAUCAGCGUCCCCCACAUCGACGUAGAACGUCUGUCGUCACACAGCCACACGGAAACGGCCGUGUAAAUUAUUUUUAUUACUAAUUAUUAUUAUUAUUAUUAUUAUUAUUUUACAUUUUCUUUUCGUCGGGCGAAAAAUACGACAUUUAUACCUAAACCUAAACAUUAUCGAAAUCGAUUCGUUCGUUUCCUCCCUCUCGUACCAAAUCACACACGAGCUUUUUAUCGUUUCUUGUAGUGAAUUUUUCAUUUUUCAUUCACAGUCGGUACAUAUAAUAUCAUAUAUAUAUAUAUUUACCGUCCAGCAGUUUACUCGUUAUUAUUAUUAUUAUUAUUUUUUUUUUGAGACCUUAAAUUUAUUUGAGGGUCACUAAGCGGUUUUAUUUUAAUCGACAUAAUUUUAUGAUUCUAACCCUCCGAGUCUUGCCAUGUCGCGCGAUAAACCAGCUCGCUAUAACUUUUAUCCGUUUCACUCCUAAAUACUACUAAUAAUAAUAAACAAAAAACAAAUCCCCUAAACCAAGUACGCCAACAAACGUCGUUGUUGUUUAAUAUUCACAUCACCUAUAUUUAUAUGAUACGAUAGUAUAAUAAUAUGCGUGCUGUAUAUUCAUUAUGAAAUAUACGUAUUGCUAAUAUUUUAAUUUCAACUAAAAACUCGUUACGUGCCUUAAACAAACAACAAUAGUUUAUAAUAUUAUUGAAAUAUUAAACGUAUUAUGUACAUUUAUUAUUAUAUACACGUAUUAUAUUAUUAUUAUCGUCACGUUAUAUAUUAUAUUUGCCGCGUGGCAUAGGAGGGUUAGCUUAUAUCGUUGAUUCGUCAUAUACCUAGUUUUAUCGUGAGUACGAUUAAUAAACAAUUUAAUUUAAUCAAAUCUGCAAUUAUUAUACCAUUCCGACUUGUCCGUUUAUCGUAAUAAUAUUGUUUAUUCUAAUAUUAUUGUUGUAUUGAUCAAGCGUUUGAGCAGCUCCCCCGUGUGUACAUCGCAAAGUACAAAAUAUUACAAAAAAUUAACCAAAUGCCGUACGGUGAUAUAAUUUUAAUAUUAUACUCUUUUUUCCUCUGUGCCCUUCUUGACUAAGUUCUACUCUAUGAUAUUAUGUAUUACGAUAAGUGUGUUGUGUGUGUUCCUUUCGCUAAUUCUCGUAAAUGGCAUUAUCUAAGCAUCGUUAAAAAAACAAAAAAAAAUUAAUAAUAAUAAUAACAGUAAUAAUGAUAUCAAUAAUAACUGACUUCGGAACACGAUUUAUAUAAUAUAUAAUAUAUAUGCUAUAUAUAUACUGCCGCCGACGUUGCAUUUAUCAUAAAUACUAAACAUUUUUUAUUGUCGACGCAUUGUAGAAACUCUCGGAAUGUGUUCUCUUAAAUACAUAAAUAAAUCUACUACUAUAUUAUAUUGUUAAUACACAAUUUUAUCGCGUAUAUAAUGCCGUGUAUUUGUAUACACAAUAUUAUAUAUCCCUAUCAUUACAUUUAUUUCGUUGGUAAUAAUAAAAAUAAAAUAAUAAUAUUUUAGAAGUGUUUCGAUCAAACAAAAAAAGUUUUAAAAAAUUAGUUUUGUAGUUUUAAUUUUUUUUUUUUUAUACUUAACGUAAUAUUAUUUGUUUUGUGUACAUAUAUAUAAUAAUAUAGUUUUUUCUUUAUUUUUUUUUUUCAAAAUCAUUUUAAUUAAUAUUCGAUUAAAAUAUUAUUAUUACCUAUGUUUUCGUUAAGCGUAAUAUGUAUAUAUUAAUACUUUUGAUAUGAUAUAUUAUUGUUAUUUCACGUGUAGUUUAUUUUAUUAGCAACACGGAGUCGGAAACGAACCAUACGACGCUUUUCGUAUUAAUAAUAAUAAAAAGUUUUAAAAAAAUACUCCAGAAUGAUUAUGUAAAUUUGAUGUAUAGUCAUGUAUACAAUAACAUUACAUGUACACUAAUAUUAUAAUAGUAUAAUGUUAAAGGCGUCUCGUUUUAAAUAUAUAUACAUAUAUAUUUGUGUGUGUAUAUAUGUAUAUGUAUAGUGUUAAGUAGUAAGUUUUGAAACUAAUCGGCUCAACAUUUACCACAUGGUUCUCAUAUUAUAUAUUAAUAUUUAGAUAUAUAAUGUAUAGAUAGAUAUAUAUAUUAUAUAUAAUAGAUACAUUACCCGCGUACCGUCGACGGUCCGGCCUAUUUUUUCUUAGCCUACCUAUUAAUUUUGUUGCGCUUCUAUGGCCGCCCAAACGAAUAGUUUCGCUUUCGUAUGUGUUAUGGGGGAUGAGGGGUGAUAGCUUUAGAACGUAUCGAUUCAUAUACAUAGGUGUAGCUGUCCCUCCCCGUGUUAUUUUACGGGUGAUGAGAAGGAAUUUUUUAUUAGUUAUACAUGGCUAUAAUAUUAUAUAUAUUCGAGUAAAAUCAGAUUUAAUUUAUUCGUCGUCGUUUCCUCAUAAUAAAUAAUAAAUUAUCGGCCUUGAUGGUUGUGGUUGGGGGGGGGAGCAUGGGGCAACCUGGUGAAUAUAUUGUAUGUCGUCUCUGACACUGCCGCGUUAAUAAUAAGACGAACAUUUAAAAAUGAAAACCAUUUUCAUAGACGACGGGAUAACACAUCCGAGUUGGCAAUUCGUUGAUUUUUGACUUACGUAUUCGCAAGUUGAGAUAAACCAUUCUAAAAAAAAAAAAAUUCUGCUGCAAUUUAUAUUACCAUUCCUACGAUAAUAUCCAUCAUAUUAUUAUACUGUGUUUUGCAUUGCAUGAUUUUGAUAGAUUUAACAAAAAAUUAUACCGAUGGCCGUCGAUCGUGUCGCGUUUGGGUCUCGGGUGGGAAUAAAAAUCGUAAUAAUUAGAAGCUGUUAGCCAAUGAUUGCAAUGUUGACCAGAUCUAGGUAUGUCGAUAUUAUAUAAUAUACAAUAUAUACACACACACAACGUCAACGUUUUACCGUUGUUGGUGCCAUGUUAAUUGUUUCGGGUCCGUUACUAAAUAUAUAUACAUAUAAUAUACUUAAUAUUACUUUAUGUAUUGUUAUAACUGUAGUUUAAUUACUAUUAAUUUUGUUUUUUUUUUUGUUUUCGCAUAUCGAUGAUAAUAUUACUGCUGGAACAUUCUGGAGUAUUGCGUUCGCCUUAUUAUACUUAAAUACAAUAUUAAUUACACGUAUGAUUUAAAUAAUUAAUUAAUUAAUUUAAUAUCGUAUAUUAUAUUAUAUAAGUAAAUAUUUAUUAUUAUGCAGUAGCAACGUACUCGUUGGAAGCUAUAAUAAGUAUAUAUUUAAGUGCGCCAAAAUAUAUAAUAUGUACUUUGUAGACGGCCCAAAUGGAUGUCAAAAUGUCAAAAUAAAAUGCAAUUUAAAUUUUGUA